GUCAUCAAAAGGUCGUCGUGAGAGUAGGCAUGACGUUAGAUCACAUAAAAAAUUUUAUAGACUUCAAUAAUUUAGGUUUUAGAACAAUGUAUUGAUCGACGACGUUCGUGUCGCGUAUGUAGGUACUCGAUCGAUUUGUUGCGUGAUAAAUUCGGACAGACCGCCGUUCUUAAAAUUGUAUUAUUCAGGUAAAACACAAUUUGAAAAAUGGAACGAUGGACAGACAGGGUUGUUUUGGUGACCGGAGCGAGUUCGGGAAUCGGAAGGUCGAUCGUGGCCGAACUAUCCAAGUACCCUUUGAAAAUCGUCGCUUUCGCCCGGAGGAUCGUCUUGUUGCAGGUUAACGAUGAUUUAAAAUUUAGUAAACAAUAUUUUUGAUUUUAAGAUAUCACGAUUUCAAUUAUUCAAUAUUUUGUAGGUUCUAACUGUCGUUAAAAAUAUUUUUUUUUUGCAAUUUUUUAAGUCUGCGUUAGCGGUUUUUGAAUAGUUUAUUUGUUUUUUUACGAUUUAGACAUAAUUAUCCGAUUGUUAUCGACAAUUCAAUAAAUUUCGAUCUACUGUGUACCUAUUUACCUAAAUACUGAAAUAGGCACCUAUAUAUGUACCGAAUAAUACCGAAAAUAAAAAUACAAUAUAAUUAAAUAAUAAUACAAAAAAUUAUUUUGUACUUGCAUGUGGUACCUAUGUAUACAGGAACUCGCGGACGAGUUGCAGUCUUCCGCGGCCAAAAUUUAUCCGGUUCAAUGCGAUUUGACUCGCGAGUCGGAUAUAUUAAAAGCGUUUGAGUGGAUCGAAACGACUGUCGGUGAAGGAGUUUCGGUACUCGUCAACAACGCGGGCAUAUUGACCACAAGCAAACUUUUGGGUUAGUAUUGGUAUCUAUGUAUCAUUUAUGUAGAUUACAGUAUAUACAGAUUAUCCACGAAGAUAUAUACAUUGCGAUAUUUCGGAAAUUAUUAAUUUUUUUAGAUUAUUUAUUGAAAAUUUAAGAAAUAAGAAGCUCUUUACUGCUUGAGACCGAGAUAUUGCAGUACAUAUCUACGUGAGAUACCAUGUAUAUACCAUUCAGGCAGUACUCGAAUUGGAGGGGGGAGUGGAAGGACGCAGAUUUAAGUUAAGAAACCAUUGUUCCGUACCAGAUAAAUGGUACAUAGUACGGUAAUACAAAGUAAAUUAAAUAAUCGAUUUCACAAAAAAAAUUUAAAAAGCCUUUGCUAUAAACAACACUAUUUACACUUCAAUUAAAUUCACAUGGUUAAAUGACUGUAAAAAGACGUGAUUGAGAUGACUAUAGCUUGGGUCUGGUGAAAGUGGUCGAAAAAUAGAAAAAAUUAAAUUAACAUUUAGAACCCUGCAUGGACUGCGCCGACCUGAUUCGACCCGAGUUUUAGCUCCACCUAAAGUAGGAUUGGAUUGGAUCGGAUUAUCUUAAACAUUUUUCUGGUUGGGUUUGGCUGAAUUUUCGGAUUUUCGUAUCGGCUUGGAUUGGGUCAGACCAACUUUGAAUAUUUUUUAGAGUCUGAUCGGGUCCACUUUUUUCAGAGCUCUAGGGUAUGCACACAUAGUUAUAUUCAACGUUUCCCGCUCUAGAUGUGCAAUACAGAAUAGAUGAUGUAUUCUGUACAUGAUAAUUAUCUGACUUAUAAUUUAAUAAUUUAUUUAUACGUCUUCUAUACAGAUGGCCAGACAGAAGAUUGGCGAAAUAUGUUCGAUCUCAACGUUCUCGCAGCAACGAUCUGUUGUCGAGAAGCGUUUAAAUCGAUGCAGAAACACGGCAUCGAUGACGGGCACAUUAUCAAUAUAAACAGGUAAUAUUAAUAAUAUUAUACAGAUUGAUAAAAGUACUAACCUGCUACUGAUACUUGGACCAUUUUUUUUGAAUUAAAAUAUUCAAAUUUUUAUUAUACAUUUACACAAGAGUUGAUACUGCUCACGGGUAGGUCAUUGUUGGAGGUGGGUAAUUGUGAGAAUAAGUAACUAUAGCUUGUAGAAUAUACAGGGUUAUUUAGUUUAUAGAUUUUGUGCAACUAUAAAUCAUUGCACAUGAAAAAACGAUUCUUAGUAAUGUAGUAUAUUAUUAGUCGAGUUUUUCUCAUUAUUGCCAAGGUAACCCAGAAAACAAUGAAAAGUAAACAACAACAAGGUGGGAAGUUAGUAAGGUAGGAUAUAGAAGAGAAUUUAAUAUAUAUCUGUGAGAAGCGAUAAACCAUUACUAACGAAAAAACGAUUCUGAGGGGAGUUCAGUUGAUAUUGAUUAUUUGUCAAUAAUAUAUAUGUUAUAUUAUGGUAAAAUAAAUACAAAUACAUUAUAUAUUUUCUUUAAUAUUUAUUCAAUAUAGUACCGAUUUUCCCGGUUUUUCACAUUUGAUGAGAAAACUCCUGAGAAAAUCGAAAAAUGACCUCCCUAAAGUACCAUACCAAGAACAUUUUUUUUUUUCAAAAAAGAGUAUAUCGUAUACAUCGGAGUAAGCUUUCUGGUAAAAAGUGUUCACAUAAAAAAAAUAAUAAAUAAAUAAACAUUUUUGUAAAAUUAAUACGUUCUUCGCUAUUCAGAAUCUAAAAUAGAAUGUGAACUGCUGAAAAUGUUGAUAAAUAUUUCAAAUAAAGUAUUACCGGACAGAAAUUAUAAAUUUUUCGAGACACUGCGUCAAAAAAUUGGAGUAUUUGCCUGACCAAAAGAGUGUUUAAAACAGAAAUCCGAAUUCUAAGAAGGUCAUUUUUUGAUUUUUUAAGGAUUUUUCCUGAUACAUGGGAAAAACAUAGGAAAACUGGGAUAGUGGAAUAAUAGGUACAAUAUAUUAAACGAACAUUAUUAAAGAAGAUGUUUGAUGCAUAUGUAAUUAUUUCACCAUUAUAUGAUAUAUUUAUUGUUAACAAAGCAAAACUAUCAGCUGAACUCCGCUCAGAAUCGUUUUUUUAUUAGCAAUGGUUAAUCUGUUAAUCAUUUAUUAUACUUAAAUUGUAUUGUAAAUUUCCAUUAAUUACCAUAAAAAUUCAGAUUUGAAAAUGUAUUAUUGUAUGUAUUUAUUUUUUCUAGUACCGCUGGACACAGUUUGUUACCCUACCCAGGGCAAAAAGUAUACAAUGCAACAAAAACAGCAUUGACGUUUUUGACCGAAGGAUUUCGACACGAAAUCGCUCACGCACGGUUGAAAAUCAAAGUUACAGUAAGUAUAAUGUUCGCCAAUGAAAAAAAUUCAUUCAUCUUAUAUGAUAUAAAAUUUACGUAAGAAAAAGAUAAUAAUUAUUAUUAAAUUUGGGCCUUUUGUUCAUAGAGCCUCAGCCCGGGUAGAGUAAUUUCUGCAACGGAGAGCGAUGAAAAAAAUACGAAACCCGUUUUGUCAAUGAAGCCCGAAAAUGUGGCCUCAAUGGUAAUCGUUGCGCUCACGACACCUCCUGAUAUUGUGGUGAGUAAAAAUAAAAAGCUGUCCUAGGAUAAUGGGGGCGGGUGGACCCACUGUUGGUGAGAAGUUGGUAAGGUAGGAUAUUUAGGGGAAAUUAAUUUGUAUCUGUAAGCAACGAUACCUAAACCAUUGCUUUCUAAAAAUGAUUCUGAGCGGAGUUCAGUUAAUAGUGAUGUUUUUUCAUAUUAUGGUAAAAUAAUUAAAUAGGCAUUAUAUAUUUUCAUUAAUAAUAUUUGUUUAAUAUUGUACUGAUUUUCUCGUUUUUCCUACGUUUUUAUCGGUUUUCCCGUGUUUUUUUCCCGGUUUUUUACAUUUACUGGGAAAACUCUUGGGAAAAUCGAAUAAUGAUUUCCUUAAAGUAUACCUCCCCAGUCAGAUUCACUUUUGGAAAAAGUGCUAUCAUCGUAAAUUGGAUCAAAAUGGCUGUUAGAAAAGUUGUCCAUAGAAUAAAAAAUCAUAAUAUUUUACUAAUAUUUUUAGUACAUUUUCUCGUUUUUCUAUUUUUUUUUUUCGGUUUUUCAUAUUUGAUUAGAAAACUCCUAAAAAAUCGAAAAAUGACUUUUCUAAAGUACCACCUCAGGAAAAUUUCCUUUCAGAAAAAGGUCUACAUCGUAUACAUUGAAGUAAGCUUUCUAGUAGAAAAAGUAUUUUCAUAAAAACCAAAAAAAUAAACAUCUUCACAAAAUCAAUAUAUUCUCCGUUCCACUCAGAAUAUAAAACAAUACAUAUAUAAUAGGUAAUUCAUUUCUUCGAUAACAGACAAUACUGUAAAUUUCGUCAGUAGCGUGGUACUCACGCGUAUAUACUCACGCCUCACAUCUAUAGACGUAUUGGGGGGGGGCAUUGGAUCCAAGUGUUGUAUUUAAUGGAAGUUUCGUAAUCGUUUAAAAAAUUGUAAAAUAGCAAUUUUUUUUUUAAAUAUUUACCUCACCUCACUAUAUCUCACACUCGUCAUACAGGUCUGAAACAGAGUAUUUUUGAGCACAAUGUGUACAGUUUGACAUUCUAGCGUGUUGUAAAAAAAAUAUAUUUUCUUAUGCAAUUUUUUUAUGAUAUUUUAUGCACAUAACCGAUGAAAUGGCAGAUCCUUUAAAUUCGUGGUCAUGCUCCCUCACCCGCGGCGUGAUGUCGAAUUUUUGGGUCAAGUGUCCCAUCUAUGAAUUGGGGUGAGUGAGUCAUGACCCAUGGGUGGUUAGGAAAAAGAGUAAUGAAGUUGUGUUAUAUGGUUUAUACUUCAAGUCUUGACGUAUAGUUUAUUAUAUAAUGUACAAAGUGUACUUAGUCGUGUAAUUAUAUUUUAAGCAUAGAAGAGUUAUCGAUUGUUGACAGUAAACCAAAUUAUAAAUAAAGUCAAUGGAAUUAUAGAUGCUGAUUUUAAAUGGGUUUUUGAAUCUAUAAAUAAUUGUUAUGACAGCUGGGGUUCACUAAAUUCCUCUCAUAAUAUAAAAUUUGAAUUGUGCCUACUGCUUAGAGGUUUGGGUGAAGUUUAAAUUGCGUUAUUUUAAUAAAACUUGGCGGGUGGGAGUGGGUGAGUAAAGAUAAACAUUUUGCUGUUCCAUUCAAAAAAAUAGUUCACGCCACUACUGCCCUCACCACUCUUUAAUCAGGAUUUGAAUAUAAAUAAGCAAAUAAAUGUGCGCAUAAUUAUAAUAAGAAAAGAUUUUUCGCGCUCUUUCAGAUCGCCGAGCUGACUGUUUUAUCAGUGGGCGAAACGAUUCAGUCAUAUCCCCCGCCCAUGAUAUAAACGCACGGCCGUGGAACUCCGUCACGUGCAUAAGACGACGACGAUCAACGACUCCGAUGACCAGGAUUCGACGGCGAUGACGCACGUCCAAUUUUAUUAUACACACAAAAGCGCAUUAAACCACGUUUGAUAAUAUAUAUACAUAUAUAUAGCGGAUGUUAUUAUGUUCGUGAAAAAAAAAUUUGUUUUGUAUCGCACACGUCUCGUCUCGGAUAUCAUCGGUUAUCAUCAUGUAAUAAUAAUAAUAAUAUUAUAAUAUAAGAGGUAC